AAACCGGCGCGACCACUGAUCAGUGGGCGCGACGUGUUCGAGGGCGAUGAAUAGAUGGACAUAUGCUCUAACAGCAAUACCGCAAUACUGGCAAUUCUGCUUCGCUGUGAGCGCUGUGUGAGAGUUUUGUUCCUUUUGUGUGUGUGUGAAAGGACUGACAGCUUCUUCAGUGCGCUGCAACGUCGACCAACAUGAACAACCAACUCGCCCAAUCUGAGGUUCUAACUGCUUCCUAAAAUCCAAAACCCGCCUCAAAAUGAACUCCUUGUACAGCUCGGGCGCCCGACUUACGAAGCAGCUGCAGGACCACUGCGAGGGCUACGACAACUUCUUUUCGUGGAUCUCCUACAUCGCCGACCCGCCGCGCUUCGCGGUCGUUAUCUACCCGAUCGCCUUCUCGCUCCACCAACCCCUCGGCAUCCGAAUUCUGCUGGCCGCCUCCUGCUCAGCAUUCAUCAAUGUCACCAUCAAAUGGAUCCUGAACGAGCACCGACCCUUCUGGUACGUCAAGGCCCACAAGGAACUGGGCGUCCAGCUUGCCCAGACGCCCCAGACCUGCGAGACGGGACCUGGCUCCCCGUCAGGGCACGUCAUGAUCAUCCUCGGACUCCUGAUGGGCUUCGCCAUCGGGUCCCUCAUGACUCCACUGGACGUAGAUGCCUGGAAGAUGGGCGAAUAUGCCAUAGUCAGCGGGGUCAUCUCCCUCACCUGCGUCUCCAUCUACUUCGGGUGGAUGGCCCUAGGAAUAGACCCUCGCGAAUCUACCAAAUUGGCGUUGGACGCUUGUGAUGACCCUAGCUACGUGAACGUGAGCACGAAUCCGCUCUACGGCAUGAUGCGGAACCUGGCGUGUCCGUUGGGCCUGGGCUACGCGCUCAGUCGAGCGAAGGCGGCGAAAAUUUUGGAAGGUGCCAGGCGGGCACCGGUUUGGGCUAGAAUCUUGGUCGGAUUUGCGGGGGUCGCGGUGGGCGGACUCAUUUUGUGCCUGCCCAAGCCCAAGAACAAGAUCCUGCUUUACGCUGGUGCGGUGGUAGAAUUCUUCAUCUUCUCCUUCACAGUAGGGUAUGUUUUUCCGUAUGUCUUGUAUCGCAACUACAUGCCGGUGAACCCGUCAAUGGCGGCUCCCAAGAAACAAUCUUUCUCGCCUGAAGGGUAAAGGAACUGUCGCAGUUUGUGGACAGCCGACUGAAAUUCACUGAUGCCUUUGGCCGUGCCACUAAAACAAACAAAUCUAAAAAAAAUAAAAAAUCUUGGCACUGUG